AUGGGUGAUGUGCUGCACAGAGAAUUGGAAAAUAUGGAGGCCAAUUUAGCCGCUUUGCCCCGGCCGGAGACGAGGCCGCGGGAAUUGGCCGACCGAGGCGACGCCGCCGAGAUACGCCCGUCGCCGUCGAGGCGGAAAAGAACCGACGCCGCUGAGAGUCAGCCUCAGGCCGCCGUUCGGCUACGACCGCCAGCGCCAAGAAGUUCCGGCCACCAGAAAGAGAGCCGUUGCCGCUUCGAACCAGCUUUGGCCAUUAAAAAGUCAUAUAUUGUCUACUUGGGGGCACAUAAUCAUGGUCCAGAUGUCACUACUGCUGAUUACCAGCGUGUGGAAGAUUCACAUACUGAGUUGCUCACUUCAUUCUUGGGAAGUGAGCAAAAGGCUAGAGAUUCAAUGUUCUACUCAUACAAGAGGAAUAUAAAUGGCUUUGCUGCACUUCUUGAGGAAGAAGAGGCGGCUGAGAUUGCUAAGCAUCCAAUGGUGGUAUCAGUACUAGAGGACAAAGAUAGAAAAUUGCACACAACUCAUUCAUGGGAUUUUCUUGGACUGGAAAAGGAUGGCUUUGUUAGUCCGUAUUCCCUUUGGGAGAAAGCUCGUUAUGGUGAAGAUACCAUUAUUGCAACACUUGACACCGGUAUAUGGCCUGAAUCCAAGAGCUUUAGGGACGAUGGGAUUGGUCCCAUUCCUUCCAAGUGGAAAGGAAUCUGUCAGUUCGAAGGCCAUAAGCAACACCUUUGCAAUAGAAAACUGAUUGGUGCCAGGUUCUACAACAAGGGGUACGAAGCCUACAUGGGGAGUCCCCUCAACUCAUCAUUCCAAAACACGCGCGACUCGGAGGGCCACGGGACCCACACCCUCUCGACGGCUGCCGGGAGCUUCGUCCCCUCGGCCAGCGUGUUUGGUGUCGGGAACGGUACCUCCAAGGGCGGGUCCCCCCGGGCACGCGCUGCCGCGUACAAGGUGUGCUGGGACGGCCACUGCUUCGAUGCUGACAUCAUGAAGGCUUUCGACGUGGCCAUCGACGAUGGGGUGGACGUGCUGUCAGUCUCCCUCGGAGGGCCUGCUGAUGACUAUUUUAACGACGGCAUCGCCAUUGCUUCCUUCCACGCCGUGCGGAGAGGAGUCUCUGUAGUGGCAUCUGCUGGGAACAGUGGGCCUUUCCCCGGGACUGUGUCCAACUUGGCCCCAUGGAUCAUAACUGUCGGGGCAAGCACACUUGACAGAGAGUUUGAUGCGGACCUCAAAUUGAGGAAUGGCCGCGUGCUUAAGGGUAAAAGCCUUUCGAGACCGUUGCCGGAGAACAAAUUCUACCCUCUUAUUAGCGCGGCCCAUGCUAAAGCUGCCAAUGCAACCGAAGAAGAUGCUCAACUCUGCAAACCGGAUACGUUGGACACAAAAAAGGUGAGGGGCAAAAUAGUUGUUUGCCUAAGAGGAGAAAACGCACGAGUUGAGAAGGGUGUGGUGGCUGCACGUGCGGGAGCUGUCGGGAUGAUUCUCUGCAACGACGAGUCAACCGGAGAUGAGAUCAUGUCUGACCCACAUUUUCUACCGGCCACGCACAUCGGUUAUGAGGAUGGCCGUACUCUCUCUGCCUAUUUGAUUAGUACCAAGUAUCCACAAGGUCUUCUUACGACUCCAAAGGUGCUGCUGAAUACGAAACCGGCACCUUUUAUGGCCGCCUUCUCGUCCAGGGGACCAAACAUCAUUACCCCGGAAGUCCUCAAGCCUGAUAUUACGGCCCCGGGUGUUGACAUAAUAGCAUCUUAUACCGAGGGAACAAGCCCGACGGAGUUAGACUUUGACCACCGCAGGACACCUUUCACGGUGAUGUCUGGGACCUCCAUGUCUUGUCCCCAUGUUUCAGGUGUUGUGGGUCUGCUCAAGACAUUGUAUCCCGAUUGGAGCCCGGCCGCAAUUAGAUCAGCCAUCAUGACAACUGCGAGGAUCCGUGACAACACCGGUAAGCCAUUGUCGAAUUCUAGCCACGAAAAGGCCACGCCUUUUGACUACGGGUCGGGCCACAUCAGGCCAAACCGCGCCCAGGACCCUGGCCUGGUCUACGACCUGACGGUCAACGACUACCUUGACUUCCUCUGUGGGCUCGGGUACGACCAAAACCAGCUGGCCCAAUUCACCUCCUCUCACUAUGAAUGCCCGACCGACUACAGCGUGCUUGACUUCAACAACCCGUCCAUCACGGUCCCAACAGUGAAUGGGUCUGUCACUGUUGCCCGGAAGGUGAAGAAUGUGGGCCGGCCCGGGAAGUAUACCUCACGCAUCCGCCACCCGCCAGGUUUCACGGUCUCGGUGGAGCCCAAAGUGCUGGAAUUCAAGAAAAUCGGGGAGGAGAAGGUGUUUAGGGUGACUAUAAAGGCCAAGGAAGGUGUCAAGAGUGGGUAUAGCUUUGGGGAGCUUUUGUGGUCUGAUGGGAGGCAUUAUGUGAGGAGUCCAAUAGUGGCUAAUCUCAACUCCUCUAGCAAUUAA